AUGGGAGUAUAUGUACAAGAUUCAUCCCGCGCCCAUUCCAUCUCCUUACCCACACCCACACUCGCUCCCCCACAACCGCCCAUCAUGCACUUCCCUUCGAUCCUCUGCCUAGCUGUCUACGCCAGCUCCGCCUCCGCCGCGAUAUCAUGGACCCUGGCUAAAGCCUCCAACCCCACCGCCGACCAAACCGAUGCCUACGCCCGCAUCACCCUCGCCAUGCAACGCGCCACCGCACGCUACGCGCAACACUCCUCGCUCUCCAAAACCGUGCGCGUCGCCUACGCACCAGGCGUCCCCACGGCCGAGGCAAACUACAACGGCGACCUACGCUUCGGCAGCAACCGCGCGUACAUGAACGAGCGCACGGCGAUGCACGAGAUCAGCCACACGCUUGGCGUGGGCCAGACGGCGAACUUUGACCGGUUGUGUGCGAGUGGGGAUUGGAAGACUGCGUUGCCGCUUUUGAGGAGUUGGGACGGGAGUGCGGCGAAGAUCAAUUGUGGGGGGAGUCACUUUUGGCCGUAUGGGUUGAAUUAUGAUACCGAGUGGAGUGAGACGAAUGCGAAUCGGCAUGUGCAGAUUAUGCAGGCUAUGGUUAGGGAUGGGAUGUGAGUGGAUGUGAGGAAGGGGAUGGGAGCGGGGGGAGAUGGUGUAUAUAGUUGAUGAAGCAAAUGGAUUGAUGACUUCUUGCAA